CCUAACCGCCCCUCUUCCUCUCCUGCUUCUGCAACUCACUGCUUCAUCUCUCUGCAGCAGGAGAAGCGCCCCCCCGCCUCUCUCCCUCCUUACACACCUGCGUACCUUUACUUACUAUAUCGAAAACUAGAUAACUAUGCCUUCACUAUCUCUGUCUGAUCCUCUUCUCUCCGAAGCCUCCAAGGACAAGAAGGAGAAGAAGAACAAGAAGAUGAAGAGUAUGGUAACCAUAAACGGGACCCUAGAAGGUGACGCUCCUAUCAGCGAGAAGAAGAAGAGGAAGGAGAGCAAGAAGCGAAAGGCUUUGGAGAUCGAGGAUGCGGAGGAGAGGAGCGAGACGAGCUCGGAGCUGUUUGAGCCGGUUAACUGGAAGGAUGAGGAGUCAGAGAAGAAUAAAAAGAAGAAGAAGAGCAAGAAGGCGAAGGUUGAGGAGGAUGAGGAGGAAGAUGACGAAGACAAGAGUGAGGGAGAUCCGAAUGCGGUGUCCAGAUUUCGGAUUUCGGAGCAGUUGAGGGCCAAGUUGAAGGAGAAGGGGAUCGAGUCGUUGUUUCCAAUUCAGGCAAUGACCUUUGAUACCAUUCUUGACGGCUCCGAUUUGGUCGGUCGCGCGCGUACCGGACAGGGUAAAACACUUGCCUUUGUAUUGCCCAUCUUGGAGUCACUUACAAAUGGACCAGCAAAAGCUUCACGAAAAACUGGAUAUGGGAGGGCACCAAGUGUUUUGGUACUUUUACCCACUAGAGAACUAGCCAACCAGGUUUAUGCAGACUUUGAAGUUUAUGGUGGAGCGUUGGGGUUGGUGUCAUGUUGUUUGUAUGGCGGAGCUCCAUACCAAAGUCAAGAGACUAGACUCAAGAGAGGGGUUGACAUAGUCAUUGGAACACCUGGCCGAGUUAAGGAUCACAUAGAGAGGGGGAAUAUUGACUUUAGCUCUUUGAAGUUCCGGGUUCUUGAUGAGGCUGAUGAAAUGCUGAGGAUGGGUUUUGUUGAAGAUGUUGAACUAAUUCUAGGAAAGGUAGAGGAUUCAAGUAAAGUUCAGACACUGCUCUUCAGUGCGACAUUGCCUAGCUGGGUUAAGCAGAUUGCUGCUAGGUUUCUUAAACCAGACAAGAAAACUGCCGACCUUGUAGGUAAUGAGAAAAUGAAGGCUAGUACCAGUGUUAGGCAUAUUGUCCUUCCCUGUUCUAGCUCUGCAAGAUCCCAGCUUAUUCCAGAUGUUAUUCGCUGUUAUGGCAGUGGAGGCCGGACAAUUAUUUUUACUGAAACAAAGGAUUCUGCUUCUACACUUGCUGGGUUGUUGCCUGGAGCACGGGCAUUGCAUGGAGAUAUACAGCAGGCUCAACGCGAGGUCACACUUGCUGGCUUCAGGUCUGGAAAGUUCAUGACAUUAGUCGCCACAAAUGUGGCGGCGCGGGGAUUGGACAUCAAUGACGUGCAAUUAAUCAUUCAGUGUGAACCUCCGCGUGAUGUUGAAGCCUAUAUCCAUCGAUCUGGACGCACAGGAAGGGCAGGUAAUACUGGAGUGGCGGUAAUGCUUUAUGAUCCAAGAAAGUCCAAUAUAUCUAAGAUAGAAAGAGAAUCCGGUGUAAAGUUUGAGCACAUAUCUGCUCCUCAACAAGCUGAUAUUGCCAAAGCUGCUGGUGGAGAAGCUGCAGAAAUGAUAAUCCAAGUCUCUGAUAAUGUAAUUCCUGCCUUCAAGUCUGCUGCCGAGGAGUUGUUGAACAACUCUGGUCUAUCAGCAGUUGAAUUACUUGCAAAAGCUCUUGCCAAGGCUGCUGGUUAUACUGAAAUAAAGAAGAGAUCACUUCUCACUUCAAUGGAGAAUUACGUCACAGUACUUCUCGAGGCUGGAAGUCCAAUCUAUACACCAUCUUUUGCUUAUAGUGUCCUGAGGAGAUUCUUGCCAGAGGAGAAGGCUGAGGCGGUGAAGGGUCUUGCUCUUACCGCCGAUGGAAAGGGUGCAGUGUUUGACGUUCCUGCUGAAGACUUGGAUACAUUUCUUGCUGGUCAAGAAAAUGCAGCCAAUGUGAGCUUAGAGGUGUUGAAUACAUUGCCGCCUUUUCAGGAAAGAGAGCUGUCAAGAGGGGGAAGAUUUGGUGGUGGUGGUCGGGGUGGCUAUGGUGAUAGAAGUUGGGGAAGGUUUUCUGGUGGACGGGGCGGACGGGGUGGUGGCUUUUCUAGCAGAAGAAAUGAUAGGUUCACCAAUGGCUCUGGUGGGAGGGGUUAUGGUAGCAAUAACAAAAAAUGGUGAAGAGCUUCUAAGCUGUCGGUAUCAAGUUAGCCAGUGGUCUGCAUUGAUUUGCAGUGGAGGAAGAGAUGUGCGUGAUAAUGAAGAAAAUAUUCGUUAUAGGGCCUUGUCGGAGGAAACUUGAAAUCUCUAGGCAUGCUCGGUAUAGAAUUCUUCUUUUUCGAUUUCACUUUAUUUUUUUUUUUUUAAAUUAAAUCAAGCUUAUUUAUAGGCUUUGGGGAUUUUUACUUGUCUCCCCAUUUGCUUCUCAUUUUUGGCUGCAAAUGUAAGAUCUUUCUCAAAUCUCUGUUGUUAUUGAUUGUCUCACGAGAAAAAAAAAAAUAGAGUAUAUUAGAUUC